UUAAAAUUUAAAAGAAAACCGCCAGAAAGCAUGGGGAUGAAGAAAACAAGCUUCAAGCUUCCCUUGGCCUUGAUCGUUUCUUUUGGAUGUAACAAUGGCCGCUCUCUCCCUUUCCCCCUCUCUCAACCAUUCACAAUCCUUUCCCCCCAUUUUUACCCCAAAUCUUUUUGUUCUCAGUCGGUGAACGGCAAAUCGAGGAACAGUACUGGCCACCGGGAAACCAACGACACCCAAAUGAAGACCCAAAAGCCAAUUUCUCCUUUUCGAUUGUCUUCACUUCUUCGUCUCCAAAAGGACCCAACGCUCGCUCUUCAACUCUUCCUCAACCCUAAUCCCAGCUCUUCAGAACCCCCCAAACCCUUUCGUUACUCUUUACUUUCCUACGAUCUCAUCAUCUCUAAGCUCGGACGUGCCAAAAUGUUCGAUGAAAUGGAAGAAAUCCUCCAACAGCUCAAGCAAGAGACUCGUUUUGCUCCUCACGAGGUCAUUUUCUGUAAUGUCAUUGCCUUCUAUGGCCGAGCCCACCUCCCUGAUCGUGCCUUCCAAGUGUUCGAAAGAAUUCCAUCGUUCCGUUGCAAGCGGACGGUGAAAUCUGUAAAUUCUUUGUUGGCUGCAUUGUUGAAGAAUCGGCAACUUGAGAAAAUGACGCAAGUUUUUGUGGACAUUAGUAACUAUGGCUCCCCUGAUGCUUGUACUUUUAAUAUUUUGAUUCAUGCUGCUUGUUUAUGUGGUGAUUUGGAUGCUGUAUGGGGAGUGUUUGAUGAAAUGCAAAAGAGAGGUGUAAAACCGAACGUGGUUACUUUUGGGACUCUGAUUUAUGGGCUUUCUCUGAAUUCUAAGUUGAAAGAAGCAUUGAGAUUGAAAGAGGAUAUGGUGAAAGUGUACAUGAUUAAACCUAAUGCGUCAAUAUAUACUACUUUGAUCAAAGGAUUUUGUGGGGUUGGAGAAUUGAAUUUCGCUUUCAAGCUAAAGGAGGAGAUGGUUACUAGCAACGUAAAAUUGGUCUCGGCAGUUUACUCUACUUUGAUCAGUGCGCUCUUCAAGCAUGGUAGGAAAGAAGAAGUUUCUGACAUUUUAAGAGAAAUGGGAGAGAAUGGGUGCAAACCUGAUACCGUUACCUACAAUGCCAUUAUCAAUGGACAUUGUAAAGAAAACGAUCUCGAAUCUGCACAUAGAGUUAUGGAUGAAAUGGUGGAGAAAGGGUGUAAGCCAGAUGUGUUCAGUUUCAACACAAUCAUUGGAUGGUUAUGUAAGGAGGGGAAAUUAGAUAAAGCAAUGGACUUGCUUGAAGAUAUGCCGAGACGAGGUUGCCCUCCUGAUGUGUUAUCAUACAGGAUAAUUUUUGAUGGGCUGUGUGAAAUGAUGCAGCUAAAGGAAGCAACUUCCAUACUGGACGAGAUGAUCUUCAAGGGUUAUGUGCCUCGUAAUGAAAGCAUAAACAAACUCGUAGACAGGUUGUGCCAGGAAUGCAAUAUGGAGCUGUUGUGGAUGAUCUUAAACAGUCUGGGAAGAGGAAAUCGCAUGAAUAUGGACAUGUGGGCUAGAGUUGUUGCUUUUGUUUAUAAGGAGAACCUAUCGGAAUCCUCCAACUUAAUUGACUCAUUGAUUAGUUGAUUUCAUAGCUCUAUCAGGGACAGUCUUAUAAUAUCCAUGUUUAAACUCUUUUUAGUCCUGUCCUAUUCCUAUCUACCAGUUUGGACUUCCUGUCCUUUAUAGGGUAAGAAACUCAACUUUCAUCUCCUUAGUCUAGGCAUCUCAAAACGAGAUGUCGAAGUGGAUAUACAACACACUCAUGAAAUUGGUUUUGAAUAAGUCAGAACGGAACUUACUAGCCAUGUUUUGUAUGAAGAACUAGGAGAUAGAGAUCCUAGUUCUCUAUCCAUGCAGUAUUCAACCGACUAUAGCACCAACUCUGAGCACAUCUUUCUAGUUGGAAAAUGAGAGAAGGCUUUAUCCCUUAAAAAUACAUCUACUUUGAUCAGGAUCUCUUCGAUCUACUUGACAAUAGUCAGAGUAAUGCGAGUCUCUGCAAUGGCCCUAUUUCUUAAGAAUAUAAGAAUAAGGGGAGCAGCUAUGAAGGGUCCUAUUCUAUUAGGGCUCAGAGUCAAUUUGUCCAGAUACUUGCUUCAGCUUGUGUUCUGCCUAGCUGCAUUAUAUCUGGAACAAUUACUCAAGAUGGGGUCGUCUAUCAUGUUGAACAAAGACACGAGAGGUACAACCCAAUGAAAUUAUUUUCAUUCAGCCCAAUAAACGUGUACAUCUUUCGAGAGUCCUCAGUUUAUAAGCACAAACAUGUAAUGAUUACGGGUUUCAGUUACAGAAUUCGCAGGCAGGUAUGUUAAUAUCUUCACCAUCACUUAUCUGGCUUCAAUUUCAGUGCCGCACUGCAGAAAGUUUCAUUUACAAGUCAGUUCUGACAACCAGCAGGUAGUUAAGCACACAAGCACGCCAGCAACAUCAACUUACCUAUUGAUGCAGUAACGUUUCCCAGUUGGCGGCGGUCCAUCGUUAAAUACAUGGCCCAGAUGAGCAUCACAGACAGCACAAAGAACUUCCUCUCUAGGCAUGAAAAUGAUGGAAAGGUCUAGCUUGGAUUUGACAUUAUCACCAACAGGUUGGUAAUAUGAUGGCCAACCAGUUCCACUGUCAAAUUUAGUAGAUGAUCUGAAAGAGAUAAUAUUCACACCAUUAUUGGAAAUUCUAUGAAAUAACAGUAGCAGACAGAAGUUACAAAAAGAGUCAAAAUAUUUACUCAAACAGAGGUGUGUCACAACAUAUACAGUGGUAUAUCCCUGCCGUUUUGGUGUUCCAAUACUCACUGAAAUUGAAGAAAAAAGUUAAAAAGGAAUCAGAACUGUGAUCAAUAGGUGCGUUAUAUUGAAGAUAUUCAUUGAAGUAUACCCAGUAAAAGCUCUCUCAGUUCCCUUCUGACGGGUAAUAUAAAACUGCUCUCCCGUGAGCCGCUUCUUCCAUUCAUCAUCGCUUAAAGAUUUGUAAUUCACGGUGCCAGCCUCUGCACCAACAGGCAACUAAGCUUCUUCAAUGUUCAAAAUCAAAGUCAUGCACAGCAUCAAAUUGGUAGGAGAAAUUCUCUGUCUAUGUAAAUUUUCUCAUGCCACGCCAUUGAUAAUCAUUACUUGAAUUCAUUAUAUCAUAGAUCAAUAUUUAGUAAAUCUCAAGUUCAUAAAGGAAAAGGAAAAACCUUUGAUGCCAUCUGGUUUCUGGGAAGAGGAGGAAGAGCAGCCCAUUACUCUGGUAGAAGAUGAUGAAAGCUUUUUGUUUUUGAUUGCUCUGAAACUUGGAGGAGAAGAAAAAGAAACAAAGUUGAAACUUUGUUGGGUUUUUGAAGUACUUAUAAACCCAGUUGGAAGAAAAGAUAAAUUCAAACUUCUGGCAGCCAUUGUCGACAUAUUAAAAGGAGGAAGGAACUUGGGCUUUUAGUUUUGAUUCAAGUACUCACCAGCGGAGGCCCGAGGGGGGAGGGUAAGGCUCAUGUAGUGAGGAAAAUUGAUUAAGAAAUGAACAAUCUGCAAUCUCAGACGCAUGAUGGAGUGUUUUAGAUGAUUGAUGGAGUCUGGGUGGUUGGAUUGAACGCUGAAGGGGCAUUUGAUUGGGUGGAUGAGAAGUUGCCCUGUCGUAGCUUAAGUGGUCUUGUGUUGGCCACGUUUAUUUUACAUGGCGAUGUAUGCCUAUCAUUCUUCCAUAUUGAAUACACUCUAUUUUUAUUUUUAUUUGGUUAAA